AUGUCUUCGCAACGAGGAGGAGGAGGAGGAGGGCGGCAAUAUUUGGUGGUGCGCUCGGUUUGGGCGUGGAACUUGGAGUACGAGUUCUCCAUCAUUGCUUCCCUCGUGGAUCGCUUCUCUUACGUCGCCUUCGACACGGAGUUUCCCGGCUUCCUCUACAGAACUCGGAGGCCACACCGUCUUCUCCCGCCCAGCCUGCGCUAUGCCCUCCUCAAGGCCAACGUCGACAAGAUGGAGCUCGUCCAACUCGGCCUCACCCUCUUCGACGCCUUCGGCGGCCUCCCCGACAUCGGCACCGGCGGCAGGGUCGGGUUCGUGUGGGAGUUCAACUUCCGGGAAUUCGAUGUCCGACGCGACCUCCACGCGCCGGACUCCGUCGACCUGCUCCGCUCCAGUGGCAUCGACUUCGACCGGCUCCCCCUCUACGGCAUUGACUCCGGCCAGUUCGCCGCCCACCUCUAUCGAUCCGGCCUCGUCGCUCAUUGCCGUUUCUGCCGCCCGCACUCCACUCGAUGGAUCGCCUUUCACAGCUGCUACGACUUCGCCUAUCUCAUCAAGGUGCUGGGGUUCGGCCGGCCUCUGCCCGACACCCUGGAAGAGUUCCUCGGCCUGGUGAACUUGCUCUUCGGAGAGACUGUGGAUCUCAAGCACAUUAUGCGCGGCUGCAAGGGUCUCUCCGGCGGGCUGGAGAGAGUGGCGAGUACCCUCGGGGUGCCACGCCAAGCUGGGAAGUCGCAUCAAGCUGGAUCAGAUAGCUUGGUGACCUGCCAAGUCUAUCUGAAGAUGAAGCGGAGGUUCUUCGACGACCAAGACGCCAAGGUGGCCUGCCAUCGCGGCAUCAUCUACGGCCUACAAGCCUGCUGA